AUGGCGCCGUCGGGUCCUAUUACAACGCCGCUGACGACGCUGCUGGGAAUCCAGCAUCCCAUCAUGCUUGCGGGCAUGGCGCACACAUCAGGUGGCGAGCUCGCUGCGGCCGUGUCCAAUGCUGGAGGACUUGGCGUCGUCGGCGGAUUCCAGUACACGCCUGAUCAGCUGCGCGACAUCCUCUCCGAGAUGAAGGCUAAUUUCAAGCAGCCCAACCUCCCCUUUGGCGUGGACCUUGCCUUGCCUCAGGUCGGUGGUGGCGCUCGGAAAACAAACCACGACUACACACACGGCAAACUCGACGAACUCGUCGACCUAAUCAUUGACAGUGGUGCCUGUCUCUUCGUCAGCGCCGUCGGCGUCCCUGACCGGGAAGUCAUUGACAAGUUCCACAAACACGGAAUUCUAGUCAUGAACAUGGUCGGCCAUCCCAAGCAUGCUGUCAAGGCCCUCGAGCGCGGUGUCGAUAUGCUUUGUGCCCAGGGCACCGAGGGAGGCGGCCACACCGGCGAUGUCGCCAACUCGGUGCUGAUCCCGGCAAUCGUCGACGUAGCCCGUCGCUACAAGCCAGCCAUGCUCAAGGGCCAGACGGCCCUGGUCCUCGCCGCGGGCGGUAUUCACAACGGACGUGGCCUGGCCAGCUCUCUGAUGCAGGGUGCCGUCGGCGUCUGGGUUGGCACUAGAUUCGUCGCCAGCACCGAGGCCGCGAGCGCCCAGGAGCACAAGGAGGCCGUUGUUGCGUGCGACUUCUCCGAGACUGACCGAACUCUGGUCCUCACGGGCCGGCCGUUGCGAGCCAGGCUCAACCCGUACCUGAAGAGCUGGCAGGUCAGAGGUAAUGCCGCCCAGGAGCUCUGUGACAAGGGCAUCAUCCCUAUCGAGCACGAUUUCGAAAACGAUCGCGACGAUAUUGAAUUCCCCCAUCUCAUGGGCCAGGUGGCUGGGGCUAUCACCAAGAUCCAGCCUGCUCAAGAGAUUGUCGACGAAAUGGUUGCCGAGGCCGUGGAUCAGCUCAAGCUGGCCAACGUGUAUUUGAAGUCCCAGAGCAAACUGUAA